UUAAAUUUGCAUUUACUAGUUCUCUGAGCAAGAUGUGAUGGUUCCAUGGCAUCUUCAGCCCCACUACUCACCUGGUCAUGAUCCUACACAUUCUGCAAAAAAGAAAAAAGAGAAAAGGAGAAGGGGAAAGUCUAAACAAUCCAAGACUAAAAUAGAGAGAGGAAAAGGUAUGGAAGAUAUUGAUCAUGAAAAAACUGAUUCUUCAUCACACGACAAAGUAGUUUCCUCCAGUGACUUGUUAAGGACUCCUAGCCCCACCUCUUUAUUAAUGCCUACUACUUCAAAUAUUGUUGAACCAGUUCCUUUGUCAAAAGAUAAUGACGUUUCUGUAUCUUCUCCACAUGUUCCUGGUGAUGAUAGACAUGCUUUUGAUCUGCAGCAACAUGGCUUUAGGACUUUCUAUCGUUACUAUCAUGUGUUUGUGGAUAAGGAGCUGAUAGAGUUGUGUAAGAGAGUUCCCUCAUUAAAGAUACUGGACUACUGGUAUGAUCAUGAUAACUGGUGCCUACUAGCACAGAAACUAGACUGAAAUAGAUUUAUAACAAUUAUAAAUCAAAAAGAUAAAAGUAUAUAUAUAAUGCUAAUAGAAAAAUACAACAGCGUAUCUACAUGUACAAUAAAUUUUUUGACAGCUCUGGUUUGUAAAAACUAAUUGUGUUAUUCAUUGCUACUCAAAUGUUCAAUAACAAGUUCAGCUACAGAAGUAGCUUUGAUGGUAUCAGAUCGUAAUACCUCAAUGACGGUCUUCCAUUUGAAUGUGUUGGGAUGAGAUUGACUCCAUUUAUAAAACACUUGAUUGAACCUUUCUUGGCAUGUUGGAUAGUCUUUGUCUAGUCCUCUCAGGUAGCCUUCAUUUAGACCAACAGUGAUCCCAAACAAG